UUUACCAGGGUAACUCUCUGUGAGCACAGAGCCCGGACACCAAGGAGGAGGAAACAACCCCAUGGUAGCUGGACUAAAGGGAACAAAAUAUCCUGAACUGGUGGGAAAAUCUCUGCCAAGAUGCCUUCCAGGAAGAAAACAACCAUGUUUGCAUCUGCUUUUUGUACCUGUGUUUCCUCCUUCGUGCUGAUUUGUGUGGUGCUGGCGACACAGCAGUGGGUGAGCAGCGACGUUCUCUUCUCUCGCACCAACACCAGCAUCACCAUCAGCCUCGACUACGGACUCUUCAGGGGCACCUGUGAACAGUUUGUUGAAGCAGGACUUCAGGUGUCAAAACAGACCUUCCAAGUUGCAGAUUCCCUGAGCAGCACCAAUACAAGAAGCACCAACGUUGCCAUUAUUGUGAUUCUGGUUCUCAGUUUACUGACUUCCCUUCUGAGCUCUGGAUUCACCUGCACCAAUGCUGUCAGCAAUCCCUACCAGACAUUUCUGGGACCCAUUGGAGUCUACACCUGGAACUCCAUAUGUGGAAUCCUCGUGCUGAUGGCCAUGAUACUUUUCCCUGUGAACGUAGAAACACACGGCCUGUCUGAAGAACUGGCCCGUGGAUGUUCCACCUCUCUGCAGAGCCACAUCAGAUCUCAGCACAGUUAUGGAUAUUCCUACUGGAUCAUGCUGCUCGUCCUUUUCCUGAACAUUGCUUCUCUCAUCAUCAUAUAUUUCUAUGACCAUGCAAGGUAUUCUAAGAAGAAAGAGCAGGAAAGACCCAUUGAAAAUGCACCAAAAGAUGUCAUUCUGUUUUAAGGACACCACAGAACAGAGGGUGCAAAGGAAAAUGACUAUUUAAUGUGGACAACUGAUUUCCAUUCAAACUGAACUGUGUGUGCAGUUCAAUUAACAAAUUGGUUUGAAGACACAAUGGUCCACUUUGGUUUUAGCUGCCUUGUGCUUCACCCUUUGAGAUCUCAAGGGGCAGAAAUAUCUCUUGGGAUGAUGAGAAAUGGUCACUAAGGUGUUGGUGCUUCAUUUUGUCCUUUGUCUUCUUAAGGAUCUUCUCCUGCAGGUCCCAGUGGAGCUGCCCAGGUGACCACAGGGACUUGGGGAGGCUCCUGUUCAUGGGCAGGAGUGUGAGCACUUGUGGACAAUGUCCACAGAAGACAGUGGUGGAUUCUCCAUCCCUGGAUGGAUUUAAAAGCCAUGUGGAUGUGGCACUUGGGAACAUGGGUUAGUGGUGGCCUUGGCAGGGCUGGGGGAAUGGUUAGAGGGCUUUUCCAACCUAAACGAUUCUAUAAUUCUGUGACAGCACAGGAGUCUAAUAUCAACAAGUUAUUAAUUUGUAGAAACAUUAGGAAAAUCCUGUUUCUGGCUGUUUAUAGAUCUUUGAUUCCUGCCAAGAGCAAAGGGCAGAGCCACACCUUGGGCAGGUAUGCCUGUCCCCUCACCCAGGGCAUCACCUUGCCCUGACACAACAUCCCAACAAGGGGGUUUAUUAGUGAUGACUUACAGCCAGGAGCAUCCCCAUGCCUGGUUUAAUUAGUAUUUAAUAUCCACAUAAAGACACAGCUAUAGAACUGCACAGAAGUGAGGGAUCUCCCUUCCUGUUCCCUCAGGGAACAGUGAGCAGAUGAAUGUGACCUUGGGACAGAUGUCACAGUGCAAAACCACGCUUGGAGCACGUGUCCCAGGAGAAGUGCACUGUGCAAAACUGGCCAGCACCUUCUGCUCCUCUUCAACCAGGAGAGCUGGUUUUUCUUCCUUUAAAAAGGAAAAAAAAAGACUCAUUUUUCUUCAUAUUAUGAUUUUC